AUGUCUGUCUUCCUGCCCCUGCUCGAGAAUGCGGAUAGCGCUCUCGUCGACGCACUGGCUCGCAUUGGGCCUGUUAUAGUACCGUCGCUGGCUCAGGUCGCGGUCAGCGAGACAUGCAGACGGUACAUCCUCUUCGAUCACGACUCGUCCUUCAAUCUGGACGAGAUUGUGGCGUUCCUGGACGAAGGGGCGGAAAGGGUAAUUGUCCCAGUGGCAUGGGCUAAAGAGAUUAUUGGGACCCUGCCUGCCGAGCGGUUGCUGCUCCUGCUCGAUGUCGCAAAUGUCAGUGCAGUUACUGAUAAAAUCCGCGAAGGUGUGUCCGGCGUCCUAAUCAAGACGCCCGCCUUGGAUCUCGACUUGAUCUCGUCCGUAACGCGAUACUUUUCCGAGUCGUCUUCCGUCUACGUGCUUCCGACUGCUCCUGAACAACCAUCUCAGUCGACUAUCCGCAAGAUCCUCGGAGCCAAAUCUGUCCUCGUGCUCCCGACAUCUCAACUUACACUUGGGGCAUCUACGAAGGACCAGAUCAAUGUGGGCGAGGCCUUCCUGUCCCCAAUCACAUCGGACAGACCAGAUGGUCUUUUUGCGACAGUCGUAUCAUCUUAUCUCCACGGCGGCAAGUCGCUUGGACUGGUAUAUUCUUCCGUGGAAUCCAUAAAGGAGAGUAUCAUCACCGGCAAGGGAGUCUACCAGUCACGCAAACAUGGUCUAUGGAGAAAAGGAGAGACCUCGGGCUCGACCCAGGACGUCGUUUAUAUCCACCUGGACUGUGAUUCCGAUUCGCUCGAGUUCUCCGUCAUCCAGCACGGGUCCGGAUUCUGUCACCUCAACCGCCCAUCCUGCUUCGGCGGUCUGUCUGGCUUGUCAGCGCUCGAAACCACUCUGCAGUCCAGGCUAUCCUCUGCCCCUGAGGGUUCAUACACCAUGCGACUUUUCAAUGAUCCGACCUUGUUGCGAUCUAAAAUCAUGGAAGAGGCAGACGAAUUGUGCCAAGCCGAGUCGAAAGAAGAAGUCGCGUUCGAAGCUGCUGACCUAUUUUACUUUGCUCUGACGCGUUGCGUUGCCGCUGGCGUCAGCAUCGUUGACAUUGAGCGGUCACUAGACAGGAAGGCAAAGAAGGUGACACGCAGACCAGGCAAUGCCAAACCACAGUUCACGCCUAAACCAGCCCCGCAGCCCGUGCCCGCCCCCGCACCUAGUGGUGCAAGUACCGACUUCAUCCGCAUGAGGACGUAUGAUCUAUCCACCGUCUCCAGCGCCGAGCGCAACCAGCUCCUGCGGAGACCGGUCCUCAAGUCCGACGAGAUGAUAUCUAAAGUCAAGCCUAUCGUCGACGACGUUCGCAUCCGAGGGGAUGCCGCGCUCCUCGAGCUGACUGCCAAGUUUGAUCAGGCGAAGCUCACAUCCCCCAUCAUGCACGCGCCGUUCCCCGAAGACACAAUGCAAAUUGACGACAAGGUCAGGCAAGCAAUCGACCAGGCAUACGCGAAUAUCCGCAAGUUCCACGAGGCCCAGACACAGAAUUCUACAUUGAAAGUAGAAACUAUGCCUGGCGUCGUCUGCUCCAGGUUCGCUCGCCCCGUCGCGCGGGUCGGCCUGUACGUCCCGGGCGGAACGGCAGUUCUACCGUCCACGGCCUUGAUGUUGGGCAUUCCUGCCCAAGUCGCUGGGUGCAAGGAGAUCGUCAUCGCCACGCCGCCGAAGCCGGACGGCAGCGUUUCGCCGGAAGUGAUGUACGUCGCCAAACUGGUUGGAGCUUCGACAGUUUUGAAAGCCGGCGGAGGUCAAGCCGUCGCUGCGAUGGCAUAUGGAACACAGACGGUACCGAAGGUAGACAAAAUCUUUGGCCCAGGAAACCAGUGGGUUACUGCGGCAAAGAUGCUUGUCCAGAAUGAUACGGAUGCAUUGGUAUCUAUUGAUAUGCCUGCUGGGCCGUCGGAAGUGCUGGUCAUCGCGGACAAUACUUGCAAUUCCGCCUUCGUCGCGGCCGACCUCUUGUCUCAAGCAGAGCAUGGCGUGGACUCGCAAGUGGUCCUAGUUGCAGUCAACCUGUCACAGGCAGAGUUAUCGGCCAUCGAGAAGGCCGUAGAUGAACAGGCUAAAGCUCUGACUCGGGUCGACAUUGUGCGACAAUCGGUGGCAAAGAGUCUGAUCGUCAAAGCUUCGUCAGUAGAAGAAGCCGUGCAAUUCUCCAAUGAUUACGCACCCGAGCAUUUGAUCCUGCAUCUUCGGGAGGCAAACGCGGCGGUGUCGCUCGUGGAGAAUGCCGGAAGUGUCUUUGUCGGACCCUACUCGCCCGAAAGCUGUGGAGAUUACGCAUCUGGUACAAAUCACACCCUGCCUACGAAUGGGUACGCGCGGCAGUUUAGUGGUGUCAAUACACUGUCUUUCCAGAAACACAUCACAUCGCAAGAGGUGACGGUGGACGGCUUGAAGGUGCUCGGGCCAGUAGUGGCAACAUUGGCUGACUGCGAGGGCCUCGACGCCCAUGCGAACGCCGUACGUAUCCGUCUGCGCCACAUAUCGAGUUAG